CCAUUAAUCCAAACGAAGAAGCAGCAGCGUGCUCGAGCGGCGCUGUGACGGGAGCAGGCCGCCCUCGCCUCGGCUCUGCUGCUCUGGACCGCACCGGGCUACUGCGGCUAACUUUAGCUACAUGUGCUGAGCUCCGGGAGACAGACACACAUCUCUGCUGCAACAAUGCCGACAGUAACUUUACCACCGAAAGAAAACGCUCUGUUCAAGAGGAUUCUGCGAUGUUAUGAACACAAACAAUACAGAAAUGGCCUCAAGUUUUGCAAGCAAAUCCUGUCCAACCCCAAGUUUGCAGAGCACGGCGAGACUCUGGCCAUGAAGGGUCUCACUUUAAACUGUCUGGGGAAGAAGGAAGAAGCCUACGAUCUUGUGAGGAGGGGUCUUCGUAAUGACCUCAGGAGCCAUGUCUGCUGGCACGUGUAUGGCCUCCUGCAGCGCUCUGAUAAGAAAUAUGACGAGGCCAUCAAAUGUUACCGAAACGCUCUGAAAUGGGACAAGGACAACUUGCAGAUCCUCCGGGACCUGUCGCUCCUGCAAAUCCAGAUGAGGGACCUGGAGGGCUACAGGGAGACGAGGUACCAGCUCCUGCAGUUGAGACCAGCACAGAGGGCCUCCUGGAUUGGUUAUGCCAUCGCCUAUCAUCUGCUCGAAGACUACGAGAUGGCAGCCAAGAUCAUUGAAGAGUUCAGAAAAACACAACAGACGUCGCCAGACAAAGUGGAUUAUGAAUACAGUGAGUUGUUGCUGUACCAGAACCAGGUGCUGAGAGAAGCCGGUCUGUACAGAGAGGCCCUCGAGCACCUGUCCACCUAUGAAAAACAGAUCUGUGACAAGCUGGCAGUGGAGGAGACGAGAGGGGAGCUGCUUUUAAAAUUGGAGCGUUAUGAAGAAGCAACAACUGUUUACCGGCGCCUGCAGGAGAGGAACCCGGAGAAUUGGUCCUAUUACCACGGUUUGGAAAAGUCCCUCAAACCAAGCACUGUAGAAGAACGAUCUAAGAUUUAUGAGGAUGCAUGGGAGAAGUUUCCUAAAGGGCUUGUCCCACGAAGGCUGCCUCUUAAUUUUCUAUCUGGGGAUCGGUUCAGGGAGUGCUUGGACAGAUAUCUGAGAAUGAACUUCAGUAAAGGUUGCCCUCCAGUCUUCACCACUUUAAAAUCACUGUAUAAUGACAAAGAAAAGGUUGCAAUUAUAGAAGAACUGGUGGUUGGCUAUGAGACGACAUUAAGAACCUGUCGAAUGUUCAGUCAGAAUGACGAUGGCAAAGAGGAGCCGCCUACCACUCUCCUAUGGGUGCAGUACUUUUUGGCACAGCACUACGACAUGGUUGGACAACAAACACUGGCCCUGGAGUACAUCAACACAGCCAUUGAAAGCACGCCAACCCUCAUUGAACUGUUUCUUAUAAAGGCCAAGAUCUACAAGCACGCGGGAAACAUCAAAGAGGCUGCUCAGUGGAUGGACGAAGCACAGGCCCUGGACACUGCAGACAGAUUCAUCAACUCCAAGUGUGCCAAGUACAUGCUGAAGGCGGGCAUGGUGAAAGAGGCGGAAGAAAUGUGCUCCAAGUUCACACGGGAGGGGGCAUCAGCGGUGGAGAAUCUCAAUGAGAUGCAGUGUAUGUGGUUCCAGACGGAGUGUGCACUUGCCUAUAAGGCCAUGAACAAAUUUGGUGAAGCCCUAAAAAAGUGCCAUGAAAUUGAAAGGCAUUUUGUAGAGAUCACGGACGACCAGUUUGACUUCCACACCUACUGUAUGAGGAAGAUGACUCUGCGCUCCUAUGUAGACCUUUUAAAGCUGGAGGACGUGCUCCGGAUGCAUCCUUUUUACUACAAGGCUGCCACCACAGCCAUUCAAAUCUACCUGAGCCUUCAUGACAAUCCCCUCACUGAUGAUAGCAAAGAACUACAGGCUGACACAGCAAAUUUGUCAGACAAAGAACUGAAAAAGCUUAGGAACAAACAGAGGAGGGCCCAGAAGAAAGCACAGCUGGAAGAGGAGAAGAAAAAUGCAGAGAAGGAGAAGCAGCUCAAAAACCAGAAGAAGAAGAAAGAAGACGAUGAUGAGGAAAUCGGGGGUCCCAAAGAGGAGCUCAUCCCAGACAAACUGGUGAAGGUAGAAAAUCCAUUGGAGGAAGCUGUCAAGUUCCUGAUGCCUUUAAAGCACCUGGUUAAAGAUAAAAUUGAUACACAUUUAUUGGCCUUUGAAAUCUACUUCAGGAAAGAAAAGUACUUGUUGAUGCUUCAGUCGGUGAAGAGGGCAUUAGCCAUUGACCCAGACAAUCCGUGGCUGCACCAGUGUCUUGUACGCUUCUUCAAAGGAGUGUCUGAAAGCAAGGACCUACCAGAUGUUGUCCGGACGGUUUUGAAACAGGAGAUUACCCGGUUGUUUGGGGACAGCAAUGCCAAGAGCUUCAACCAGGCCUACCUCACUAAGCAUGGCAACUCCAUACCACAUCGACUGGCUGCUGCCAAGAUGAUGGUAUAUCUGGAUUCAUCUAUGGAAACUAAAGCAGCAGAGUUGGCUACAUCGCUUGAUGAAUCGCUUGAAAAACGAACCAUACAGAUCUGCACAGAAACCUUGGAGAACCUUCGGACCGGUGCUUUGGGCGACUGUAAGGAGCGAGCAGAGUCUUACCGUGCCGAGUGUCACAAGCUUUAUCCCUACACAUUAGCUUUCAUGCCCCCUGGAUACGAGGAGAACACCAAGAUGGCUAAUGGAGACCUUUCCACAGAGACUGAGGAACUUGGUAAUGAGAUGUGAGCACAGCAAAACGACUGCAGAGGACAAAAAGGAAUUGGGCCUAGUACGGAGCCUUGUGGUACGCCUGGCAGCCAUCUUGUAGAGUCAGACACAGGAACAAAAAUGUGGGUUUUCGUUCUUUUGGCUCGGCUCAGUCGGGUCUGACCUGGCAUGGCUUGGCUCCCUCCCAAAAUGGUGAAAAUCAAGACUGUGUGUGUGUUCAAGAGUGCAUGUGUGUUUGUGUGCAUGUCGAGUGUAUAUUUGUGGAAAAGGGGGGAGAAAGAGGAAGACAAAAGAACGGCAAUUUUGUCUCUAGCUCAAAUUUUUCCAGCAAAGUGGGGGUUGUGAUGGGCGUGGAUGUCAUAGCAACAUCAAACCGCUAUCCUUAUUUUAAAAGAAAUGCUAAUUUAACAGAAUCAGGAUACCUCUCUCCCAGGGUAACAGAAGACUGAGCUGACCGGAUCCAAGAGAAGAUCUGUGAGAAGCUGCAAAGAAGUUACUGAGGAACUAAUGUCAAUUAUAAGACUUCCAGCGUAAGGUAUCCAAAUCUGCUGUACCCCUCACCUGCUCUGUAAUAAACUGCUGCCCACGCAAAGAGGACAAUUUAUGCCAGGACUUGCGGCUCUGAACAAGAAAUUUCAGGUCGGGCUGUGCUUCCCACUUUUGUUCCUCGUUCAACUUUGGGAAUAAAUCUAUAUGUAACCGUUUUAAUGCUAUAAUGGAGCAGCUUGUAGCACAGGUUAUAACUGUAAAGGUUGUGUUUUUAUGAUCCGCUCCAUCAAACUACACUGCUAUUCUUAACACUUUUACAACGUAUUGGACUAGAGAGCACUGGGUCUAAGCAAUACAUGGACACCUUCCUUCCUUGUGCAAAAUGGAAAGUUCAAAGUUUGUUGACGAUAAUCAUUUUGGAUCUGAUUUGAAGUUAAUGCACAGACAGCCACUUUUCUGUUGCUGUUUUUAGAUUUGUAUUUCAUCCACAAGGGUCACAGUCGUAAUUUAACGUUGUUACAUAUACACAUUGAUUUUAACGUCUGGCUCCCAUUUAAUUUUGUUUGAUGUCUUUUCUUCCCCUUUUUCCUCUUAUUUGGGUUCUAAUGUGAAAGAUGAAUAAUGAGAUGGUGAUGUAUGAUAUCUCUGGAUUUUUGUAUUAAAAUCAAACAAAA